AUGGAUGUCGAUGGCCGGAAGCACCUGGGGCAGCGCGUCGAGUCGACCUACGUCCCGGACACCGAGGAGGAGCGCAAGCUCGUUCGUAAAAUCGACCUCUUCCUUCUCCCUACGAUAUGGUUGAUGUAUCUGCUGUCCUACAUGGACAGGACCAAUGUCGGCAAUGCCAAAGUGGCCGGUAUGGAAGUCGACCUGGAAGUCGACUCGGACCGAUACUCGAUAUCCCUUGUUGUGUUUUUCAUCGGAUACGUGAUUUGUGAGGUGCCUUCAAAUAUGAUACUUGCGCGAACAAGACCCUCGAUCUUCCUCCCGACCAUCAUGGCUCUCUGGGGUUUGGUCACCAUCGGCAUGGGGUUCGUCCCCAACUACAAGGCACUUAUUGGCUUUCGUGUCAUAGUCGGAAUCCUCGAGGCUGGCUUUGCCCCCGGUGUCCUGCUCUUGCUUUCCAGCUGGUAUAAGCCCGCCGAGCAGUCUAAGCGCUUCGGCGUUUACAUCUCUGCUGCCAUUCUGUCCGGUGCUUUCGGUGGUCUCAUUGCUGGGUCUAUUGCCAAUGGUCUCGAUGGUGCUCACGGCUUGGCUGGAUGGAGGUGGCUGUUCAUAGUCGAGGGUGCCGCUACGGCUGGGUGGUCCAUCAUUGCGGCCUUUAUCCUUCUCGACUUUCCCGCAAACUCCAAGCGCUUGUCGGAGCGAGAACGUCAACUGGCCAUCGCACGUCUACUAUCCGAAGAUGCUCGAGUCCAGACGGAUGAGACUCCCGUCCUAUCUCAUGGGCAGGCCCUCAAGCAAGCCUUGACGAGCUGGCGUGUUUGGAUAUUCGUCGUGGGGUAUAUGGCCGUCGUCGGCUCCUCGACCCUAUCCUACUUCUACCCCACCCUCGUCAACGGCCUCGGCUACGACAAGACGGUUUCCCAGUACAUGACCAUCCCCAUUUACGUGGCCGCCUUCAUCUGCACCGCCAUCACGAGCUACUCCAUGGACAAGCACUCGUCGGUGCGCGGCCUCGUCCUCGCCGCGUGGAUGACCGUCUCCAUGCUCUGCGCCGUCAUCACCUGCGUCGUAUACGACUUCCACGCCCGCUACGCCCUCCUCGUCAUCUUGGCCAGCGGUCUUUGGGCUUCCAACGCUCUCUCGCUGGCGUACGCCUCGUCGACUUUUGCGGCUAUGCCCAACGAAGUCCGGGCUAUUAGUCUCGCAUUUGUCAAUGCUAUGGGGAAUUUGGCACAGAUCUACGGCGCCUAUCUUUUCCCGUCCGACGAUGCUCCCAAAUACUUGAUGGGCUUCGGGGUUAUCAGUGGGCUUUGUUUCACUGGUGUGGUUUCGUACAUCGUGCUCCAUCUUCUUCUCCGCAGGUAUCCCCAGCGUCCCUAG